GCUUACGGAGCAAGAUGGCGGCCGCCAAAACCCUGUCCCUAACUGCCGCGGCGUUCCGGGCGGUCAUUCCCUGGCGCCGGGGCAGGCUCGCCGCGGCCUCUCCCGGGCUUUUGACUCGCUGGGAAGCGACGUCCUCCAUUCCAGAUGCUGGCGAGGGACAGAUCCAACUCACAGACAGCUGCGUCCAGAGGCUUCUGGAAAUCACCGAAGGGUCAGAAUUCCUCAGGCUGCAAGUGGACGGAGGCGGAUGCUCCGGAUUCCAAUACAAAUUUUCAAUGGAUACAGCUAUUAACCCCGACGACAGGGUAUUUGAACAGGGCGGGGCAAGAGUGGUGGUUGAUUCUGAUAGCUUGGCCUUCGUGAACGGGGCCCAGGUGGACUUCAGCCAAGAACUUAUCCAAAGCUCAUUUCAAGUGUUGAAUAACCCUCAAGCCCAGCAAGGCUGUUCCUGUGGGUCAUCCUUUUCUAUCAAAGUCUGACACAAUGACAGACGACCCUGGGAUCAGCACCAGUUGUACCAUUGCAAAAAACCUGGGAAUAGUAGAAUCCUAGAGGUUUCUUUCUUAUCGUGUCCUGUUCUUGUCUUAUUUAAUUUAAUCCAGGAGUGCUUUAUUUUACCACUAUUAAUUACGGAAUGCGAAGCUUUGACUCUUGGCCUUAAUACUCUCCCCUCCCCCUGUGCAAUGUUAAGGCCAAGUCCAAAUGCUGUUACCUCAACUUUAAUCACUGGUUGGAGCCCAGUAUAAUUUGUAGUACCUCCAAGACUUCUAAAUUUGGAGUUAACUUCUCUAGCCUUCUGAAUUGUUUGUACAUAUGUGUAUAGCUAUGUAUAAAGCAUCAUUAUAAACUAAAA